AUGUCGAAGGUCUUUGGAACAAAGAAGGACGUUGCCUACACCGAGAGGCUAGCUGUCAGAAUCAUUAUGAAGAACGACAUGACCGAAAUUGUCAUCAUCCUCGUGAAGAACGGCAACUACUACAAGCUUCCAGGAGGCGGCAUUGAGGCUGGCGAAGACCACCGCAUCGCCGGCGAGCGCGAAGCGAUGGAGGAGACAGGAUGCAAGGUCAUGAUGGACGAAGCUUGCAUGGCCACCACCGAAGAAUGGAGAAACGAUCUCCAUCAGAACUCCUUCGACAAUCUUCAUCAGAUCUCGUACUGCUACCGCGCACACCUCGUCAAGGAUACUGGAGUGACGCAACUGACCAAGGAUGAAAUUGCGGAUGGCCUUCAGCAUAAGUGGAUCUCAGUCAAGUCCGCCAUUGAGAAGAUGAAGACAUGCGAACCUACCACGGAACUUGGGGGAUAUAUUAAGGAGCGCGAUCUGUACUUCGUGGAGAUGUACGCGAAAGACCUUUGA